AUGUUGUUCACGAGAAUUGCUGGAAGGCCAUUACUGCGUAAGCCAGUUUAUCCAAAUGUCUCCUUUACUAGAUUACUAAGUCAGGAAAGCAGGGAAGCGAUAUUACACGCUAUAAAUUCUGCUCCUGUAGUGCUAUUUAUGAAAGGCACUCCAGAAUUCCCUCAGUGUGGUUUUUCGGGAGCUACAAUUAACAUUCUAGGUAGACAAGGUGUUGACCCAGCAAAGUUCGCUGCCUACAAUGUUCUUGAAGACCCUGAGUUACGUGAAGGAAUUAAAGAAUUCUCAGAAUGGCCUACUAUCCCACAAUUAUACGUGAACAAGGAGUUCAUAGGAGGAUGUGAUGUCAUAACUAGCAUGGCCCAGAGUGGGGAGUUGGCCGAGUUGCUAGAAAAAGCAGAUGUGUUGGUACCAGAAGAAUAA